AUGAACUCCGACCUUAUUCGUGGGACCGUUGUGACGAGUCUCCUACGCUUUCUUGACGCCUCCUGUGGGAAGAGCGUCGCACACACCGCGUUGUUGUGCGUCACGGGUGUGGUUCGCAUGGUUGUUGCGACGAGCGAGUUUGCGGCGGCGCUUUGGGCGCAGCUGCUGCAGGUUCCAGUGCGUUACCCAUCCCUUCUGCAGGUAACAAGCGAAGCCAUGGCGUGUCUGGCGCACCAGAACGAGAUCUGUAGCCGGGCGUUGUUGCGCAAGUUAUACGCUGCAGCUGGUGAGAUGGAACCCGAUGAGCCAAUGCCACCUGUCGUUGCCCUGCACGCAAAGGCACUCCUCGCCAUGCCGGCAGAUUUUCUGCGGCGGCCGUGCGUAUUGGAGACCCUGCUUGCGCUUGUCGCCACGCUUAGUAUUGAGGUCCCACCCCCGGAGGUGGAGGCGGUUUUUUUGCGGCGCGUGGAGUACUUUAAUCGACUUGCGCUUCUGCUCCUCAAGCAUCAGCGUGGUCGCUUCUCCCCCGCCACUGUCGCCAACGUGCAGACGUCGGUGCGGGUGUUUCUGAGUCUGCUUGUCAGCAAUCCGUCCGGCACGCCGCAGUACGCGCGUGCGGCGGGCUCCGCCUGUGCCGUGCUCGUGGAGGUGGGGGCUUCAGACAUUGAGCUGAAGCUCGUCGUGGCGCUCUUGGAGACGCUUGACGCCACCGGUGUGUCGUCGCAGCGGGCCGUGCGGGCUGCGGCGUACGCGCUGCUUACCGGGGCCUCCUGGUCGGCCUGCUCGGAUGACAUGGGCAAACACGGUGUCUUGAUGCGGGCCCUUGCGGAUGUGUCGGAGGCAAACCGCGACGGUCUGCCGUGCGCGGCGGAGGAACACGGCGACGCCGCCGAGGCGGAGGGCGCACGGCUCUUGGGUGCUGCGGCGGGGUGCCUUGACGACUACCAACGGCUCCUGCCGCCGACGGCGCAAAAGGCGCAGGCGCAAGCCACGUGGCGCGCGGUGUGUCUAAUUUUUGCCGGCUGCACGGAGUGUGUGGGGGAGGGGUGCCGGCGGCGCGUGCUCGAUUGCCUGCGGGGGUGGUGCGCCGCCGACGACGGCGACCCGGCGGUGACGGCGUGGAACGUGCUGUGCUGCCUCAACGGCAUCUUCGCGCGCUGCGACGCCGCCUUUGAGUGGGUUGCCGCCGCAGCGACGGAGUGGUUUGCGUUCGUGGAGGGGCACUGGCUGUCGUCCGGGGUGUGGGCGGUACGGCUCGCGGCGGCGCAGCUGCUGGCACGCCUCGCGACCAUCACCGGCCGGCGCGACGACUUCACCUCCGCUGCCGUGGCAAACUUCAACUCCGACGCGGACGCCCACCGCCUCAGCGGCGUCCUCCUCGCGCUUGGCGAGAUGCACCGGGCCGACAGCGGCGCCACCGCCUCCAUGGCGGUCUCGUUUGUGAUGCGUGUGCUGAAGCAGCACGGCGUGUGUGGUGAGACAACCGUUGUGGCGGCGGCGCUGGUGGCAAUGACCCGCAUGGCGCCGCAGCACGCAGCGCAAGUCUAUUCCGUCGUCUCCACCGUUUUGCUGCCGCAACUCCUGCUGCCUGCCACAACAGCAACCAUCGACCCCUUCGUGCUGCUGCUCCUGCUCGAGCUGCUCUUGCUCGUGGUGCCGCAGAUGCAUGCCGUGACGCACGCCGGUGUGGGCGUCUGCGUUCGGGGCCUCGUACACGCCGUUCUCUCCUCACGCGCCCUCUCUGAGGAGUCCACCGGCGCCCUGCUGAACACCCUGCGCCUUGCCGCGUCGGGCCCCAAAGGCCCAUCGAUGGAGACGGCGCCAGCCGUCGCAGCUGCCUCCCCGCCCGUGCUGGACCUCCUCGACCUGAAGAAGGAGGUGGUGGGACUGCUGGAGGGCAGUGGUCGCUUUAAUGAACUCGUGUCUCGCGCGGCGGCGGACACGCUGGCGGUUUGCUGCGGCGACGCCGCAACCGCCAAUGUUGUUUGGGUGCCACUUCUGCGUCUGGCGCAGCUGAUAGACGCCGCGGCGUCGCCUGAGACCCGCCAGGCGUGGGUGAGUGUGGCGCGCGCCGUUCUGCGCAGCGCAGACCGGGCGCACCUGGGCGUGUGCCUGGAGGAGAUGGAGCUGAUUAUGCGCGGGAAACCGGCGCAGCAGCCCCACGGCAUGGCAGGCGUCACGCCCGAGCCGCUGCGGAGGAGCAGCCGUGAGGAGGGAAUGGGAGGGUUGCCGAUGUCGAGGAAAAUGAGGGGAAACGAGGCGAGGGACGCCGACGCCGCGAGGGCGGAGAUGGUGACAAGCGAAGUGGGCGCCAAGCUAGCCGUCCUCUCGCUGAUGACGGAAAUGAUGCAGCAGCCCCACCUCUGCGCGGCGUUGGAGGAUGGUCUUCUGGCGCGUCACCUGCACUUGCUCUUCUCCUCCGUCUCACUCGUGGAGGUGGAGCCGCUGUUUAUUCGGCCCGCGGCGGAGGCCCUGCUGGUCGUUCUGGAGACGUAUGGCCAGCGUGCGAAGGACGCCGCCGCGCCGUUUCUGCUUCCCUGGCGCCUCGUGUUGGUGAGCGGCAUGCGGCGCAUCAUCCAGCGCUCGCGCUGCUGCUGCGAGGAGGGCUGCCGUCUCGCGGAGAGCUUCAUCGUGUGCAACUUGGCGGAUGACGCCAGUGUGCUUCGGGUGGUUGCGGCCCUGGCGACGCUGCUGGAGACGCUGGAGGGGUGCGAUGCGAAUGACGACGCCGUCGCCCAUGGCGGAUGCGGACGCGUUGCCGUGGCGCUUGCGACGUGCCGCACGCGAGCGGCAGAGGCGCGCUGGCUGCAGGCAGACCAGGCGGCAGCGGAGGCACUCGCGUCGAUGAGUGGGCAGGCGGCCGCGGCUUUGCUGUGCAACCAGCUGGUGACCUCGCUGGCCGUGAUGCACGGAUUUAAGCCGGCGUACGAUAUGGUCCCGACACCGCUGGACGACUGCGCUUACGCCACGCCCGUCGCCGCUCUUGGGGUGCUAGAGAACGUGUGCGCCACAGUGCAGGCGUUGGGCCCGACCCUCCGGCACACGGCCGGAUGUCUCUUGUGUCUGCUGUUGUGCACCCCGGGCGUGGCGCUGCGUGGCAUGCGGACGAUUGUGCCCCUGCUCUCCACAACGCACCAGGAGGUAGUGCUGCGCACGGCGUUUGGGCUCCUCCUGCAGGAGGGUGCUGAGGCGCUGAGCGACGAAGAUGCCACGCACGUGCUGGAGAUGGCCGCGGCCGCCAACUGUGAGAAGUGUGCGGCUGACGUUGAGGCACUCCUGCUGGCGCUGGCAGCGCAGCAGCGCCUCUGCGUGGGCGCUCUCGCCAGCCUGCGUCUGGCCGCCGAGGCGUCUUGCAGCGUUGAGUGUAUGAACCUCGUUCUUCGGUCCCUCGACGUGGACGUGUUAGUGGCGAGCAGCGAGCCCACAGCGACCACGGCGGCGUAUGUGCAGCAACUCUCGGAGGAGGAGCGACGGGGGCUGGCGCGCGCGAGCGUGUGUGGCUUUUUGCUUCUGCAACUCAUUUCUCCCGCCGACGAUUCGCCGCUGCUCUUUGCGGGGUCGCAUGUGAUGGAGGCCACACUCGCGCGCCUGAUGGAGGCGUUGGCGCAAAGCGCCGACCCUUUGGGGUUGCUGCGGCGUGUGUUUCCGGCGAUGUCUCACGAUGUGCGUCUGUGCGGCGCAGUGCUGACGGCGUGUUCCUCGGCACUUCGCCCUGCGCUGCGGCGUCGGUGGACGCCGUGCGUGCAGCACGCCCUGCUUUGCCUCAUUCACGCGGAAACGCUGCAGCAGGAGGAGCACAGCCCGCGGGUGCUGGAGCGCGUCCGCCUCUUCAUCCGCGCCCUGCUGAUGUUGGCGACGGUGACCGCGCACGGUGACGCUGCGGACGAAUUGGGCUCCCGCUACCCGGACGCCUGCGCCGCGCUGACGCAGCAGCUGAUGCGCCUCUACGCGGGCGAGCUGAGGACCGUCAUUCAGUCCCUUGGAAGCGAAGAGGCGGCGGUGCUGCGGCGACUCAUGCAGCGGCAGGGCCGCGGCGAGGCACCGCGCGAGCCGGCUGCAGCGGCGGGUGGAGCGGCGCCGCCAGCGCGCGCAGCGGCAUCCGUCCCGCAGCGUCUAACCAUCAACCUGUCGUCGUACACUUGA